AUGAUAAUAAUAUUUAUAGAAUUGUGUAGAAUUGCAGAUUCCCUUUUAUGGAUUCCUAAAUCCUCGAGGAGAACUUCUAGUAUAUCUACAUACCUAAUAUUAUAA